ACCCGCCGGCGGCGGCGAGACACCGGGGCUGCGGCGCCGCCCGCCCGUCCCGCCAGCAGAGUCCGGCCGCCGCGCGCCGUCCGCACAGGCCACCGCCGCCUCAGCCAUGGGCUCCUGAGGCCAGCGCCUCGCCAACUGCAAGGGUUUCUCUCAGGGACCCCCUGCUGCCAGGCACCAUGACCGUGAGGGGGGCCGCCCUGGCCCCAGAUCCUGCGUCGCCCACGACCAUGGCAGCCUCGCCCAGCGUCUCUGUGAUCCCCGAGGGCAGCCCCACAGCCAUGGAGCAGCCUGUGUUCCUGAUGACAACGGCCGCCCAGGCCAUCUCGGGCUUCUUCGUCUGGACGGCCCUGCUCAUCACCUGCCAUCAGAUCUACAUGCACCUGCGCUGCUACAGCCGCCCCAACGAGCAGCGCUACAUCGUCCGCAUCCUGUUCAUCGUGCCCAUCUACGCCUUCGACUCCUGGCUCAGCCUUCUCUUCUUCACCAACGACCAGUACUACGUGUACUUCGGCACCGUGCGGGACUGCUACGAGGCCUUGGUCAUCUAUAAUUUCCUGAGCCUGUGCUAUGAAUACCUCGGGGGAGAAAGUUCCAUCAUGUCCGAGAUCAGAGGGAAGCCCAUUGAGUCCAGCUGUGUGUACGGCACCUGCUGCCUGUGGGGGAAGACUUACUCCAUCGGAUUCCUGCGGUUCUGCAAGCAGGCCACCCUGCAGUUCUGCGUGGUGAAGCCACUCAUGGCUGUCAGCACUGUGGUCCUGCAGGCCUUCGGCAAGUACCGGGACGGUGACUUUGAUGUCACCAGCGGCUACCUCUACGUGACCAUCAUCUACAACAUCUCCGUCAGCCUGGCCCUCUACGCCCUCUUCCUCUUCUACUUUGCCACCCGGGACCUGCUCAGCCCCUACAGCCCCGUCCUCAAGUUCUUCAUGGUCAAGUCCGUCAUCUUCCUCUCCUUCUGGCAAGGCAUGCUCCUGGCCAUCCUAGAGAAGUGUGGGGCCAUCCCCAAGAUCCACUCGGCCCGCGUGUCCGUGGGUGAGGGCACCGUGGCUGCCGGCUACCAGGACUUCAUCAUCUGCGUGGAGAUGUUCUUCGCGGCGCUGGCCCUGCGGCACGCCUUCACCUACAAGGUCUAUGCUGACAAGAGGCUGGACGCACAAGUACCGACAUACGGCCCUUACGGCCGCUGCGCCCCCAUGAAGAGCAUCUCCAGCAGCCUCAAGGAGACCAUGAACCCGCACGACAUCGUGCAGGACGCCAUCCACAACUUCUCGCCCGCCUACCAGCAGUACACACAGCAGUCCACCCUGGAGCCCGGGCCCGCCUGGCGUGGUGGUGCCCACGGCCUCUCUCGCUCCCACAGCCUCAGCGGCGCCCGCGACAACGAGAAGACUCUCCUGCUUAGCUCUGACGACGAGUUCUAGGUGCGGCCGCUGGCGGGGAGGAUGGGCGCCGGGGCCCGCGGUCCUCUGCACGGGCCGGGAGGCAGGCGGGCACAGCGUUGGCAGCGUGCCCAUUAAUUUAUUGGACCAGAGAUACUCACAUAUCGCUUCCGAAAGAACAGCCAGGAGCUCUCUGCCCAGGGGACAGCCCAGGCUCGCGCCCAGCCUUCAGGAAUAUUUAUACAGGGCCACCCCUGCGCUGCUGGGCGAGGGACGGAGGAGGCCGGGAGUGACUCCCGUGCCUCUGUGGCUCGUCCCGCGGCAGUGGCGGCGGCACAUUGGGACCAGCUGUGGCCAUGGUGGACCAGCGGCCGCAGCCCUCUCAGCCCCGACGUGGGUCACCCGCUCCCCCGUGAGACUUCCGGCCCUGCCGCCCACACCGUGCAAUACUCUGACUGGGGCUCCUGCCUGCCUGCUCCCUCCCUUGUGCCCCCCCCCCGGCCUUGCUAGAUUAGCCUCACCUCGGGCAAGAGGGGGAGGUCGGAGCCCCGCUACUCCCCGGGGCCCCUCCUGACCCCAGGGCCUGCCUGGCAUGCUGCAAGGACCAGAGCCACGCGUCCCCUGGUGGAAGGGUGCUCAGGCGCACCGGGCCCCUCUUCUGUUGACUAGACGUCUCCCAGCAGGGGUCUCCGGGCCCCUGGGUGUCCUCUGCGCGGCUGCCCGUCCUGCCUGCCUCGUCCCCCUUCCUCCCGGCUUGCCAAGGGCAGCCAGCAGCCCCACUGCCCUAGCCCUUGGGGUCUGUCUGCUUGAGAGCAUUUGGGGCAGGGCCCUGGCUUCCUGGCGGCUCCCAGCCCUCCCUCCUGCCGGGGCUGAGCAGUGAGACCCUCCGCGGGCCCUGGGCUCUCCCUAGGGCUUCUCUUCCCCGCCUCAGGGGAAGGGUCUGAGUUUCCACAUCUCAGACCAGCUUCUGGAGGAACGUGGCCCCGUGGGAGGGAGGACGGAAGGAUGGGGCACGCGGCAGCGAGCUGGGAGGUGGGCGUGGCGACCCCAGCCUCCUCUCCCUGGCGCCGCGUCCACACAGGGCCUGGUGUCCUGCCUCGGCUGGCCCCUCGGCCCAUCUCUUCUGUGCCUUAGUCACAUAUGAAAGCUCCCCCUUCCUAGGCCCUCAGUCUGUCUGGUCGCAGGCAGCCGCUGGGGGCGCCCUAUCAAGCUGCUGGCGCUCAGGAUCCUGCAGUGCUGGGCCAAGCACCCUCGGACAGGCCUUAGGGGUGGCCGGGAUCACCGGUCCCCUCCCCUCGCUCACCUCCACACCCAUAUACCUGGAGCCUCCUAGGGCCGGGCCCCCCCACCCCCCAGGCAGUCAGGGCUUACGCCGGCCACUGUCACCCAGCCACUGUCGUAGGCAGGGCCUCGUGACAUAACGGUGUAUGUUCAUACAGGUGGAGCCUUCUGGGGUCUGAAACCUGGAUGGCGCCGGGGUUUGGGCCGCAACAGCCUGGAGAAGGUGUCAGGGUGAAGAGGGGCCCUGCCCUGUGGCACCAGAAGUUCACCAAGGAGUCUCUUCCUUUUGGUUCAUUACUGGAAUGAACUGUGCCAAGGGUCUGCUGGGGGAGGGCGGGGGGCGGGUUCCACGCCAGCCAUCUCCCCAGGCUUCCUUUGGCCUUUGUGACCAAGCCAGCGCCUCUGGGUCCCAGAGGCCUGUGUGCAGGCUCCUGGAGGCCAGCUCUCCGGCCCUGGCCGGCCGGUACCAAACUGCCCCGGAAGGAGCAAGUGGGAGCGGCCAUCUGAGGAGACCCUCUGUCCCCGCGCCCACCUCCGCUUUCACGAAGCUGUUUCUUUGACUCUCCUUCUGGGGCCAACAUGUGCCGCCGACCCCCUGCCCCCUUGGUCUCUGCCCGCCCUGGCACUGGCCGCCUGGCGUGGUCUGGGGGGACACGGAGGGGGCCUCAGUGGCAAGGAAGUUAGUGGCCCAGGAGAUGAGGGCCCAGGAAUGUGUGCCUGCCCACUCCACCCCUCCUUCCUAGGAUGCGUAACCUACCUGUUUUUUUUUGUUGUUGUUGUUGUUUUUUUUAAUUUUCCCCCCCGGUAGAGUAGCUCUUUGUACAUAAAAGAUACUUGAAAAAUUAAUUGUAUGAUGUAUGAGAGGACAGAGUCCCCUAGUUUUGUAUCUCGUGUGUGACUGCCAUGAGUUCCACCAGAAAGCCGCUCUAUUUUGGUCUCUGACAUUUUAAAUGCGUGACAGAAGUGAGCAAAUAAAGUGAGAAAUCUAUAUAUGAGAUAAUAUAGAUUGUAUUGAAAUCU